AUGGCCGUCACCGUGCCCGGCUACUCGCCCAGCUUCAAGAGGCCGCCCGAGACCUUGCGGCUCCGCCGGAAAAGGGCCCGGAGCCACAGGGCCACCGCCUCCCCGACCCCUGAGCCCGCGCCCCGACGCGCCGCGCUGGCCGCCGGGCUGCCCCUCCGCCCCUUCCCAGCCGCGGCGGGCACCGGCCGUGCGACCCCGGUCCGGAGGAACCCAUUCGCUCGCCUGGACAACAGGCUGCCGGCCGCCGCCGAGGCCCCCGGCGAGCCGGGCCCGGUUUUGGAUUCUAAUCAAGAAAAUGAUUUGCCACAGGAAGAGAAGUUUCUUGAAACAACCAUUAUUGAAUUAUCCAAGACUUCACCUGCAUCUUUCUCCGAAACUGAUACUCCAUCCUCAGAAAGUGCUGAGUUACCUGUAGACUGGAGCAUUAAAACUCGACUUCUUUUCACCUCUUCCCAGCCCUUUGCCUGGGCAGAUCAUUUGAAAGCACACGAAGAGGCUCAAGGUCUCGUUCAGCACUGUAGGGCGACAGCAGUCACCUUACCACAGAGUAUACAGGAUACCAGGCUCUCCACCGAGCUCCGCUGUGCCUUCCAGCAGAGCCUCAUCUACUGGCUCCACCCUGCCUUUCCUUGGCUGCCGCUCUUCCCUCGUAUUGGAGCAGACAGAAAAAUGGCUGGGAAGACCAGCCCUUGGUCAAACGAUGAAAGCCUGCAGCACAUUUUAAUGAGUGACUGGUCUGUGAGCUUUACUUCUCUGUAUAAUCUGCUGAAAACCAAACUUUGCCCCUAUUUCUACGUUUGUACCUAUCAGUUUACUGUCCUGUUCCGGGCAGCAGGAUUUGCAGGAAGUGAUGUCAUCACAGCACUCAUAUCUCCCACAACUAGAGGCUUAAGAGAAGCUAUGAAAAAUGAAGGUAUUGAAUUUUCUCUGCCUUUAAUAAAAGAAAAUGCCCAUAAGAAGAAAGCAUCUGGAACAAGCUUGGGACAUGGGGAGGAGCAAGCAAUCAGUGAUGAGGAUGAAGAGGAAAGUUUUUCCUGGCUGCAAGAGAUGGGUGUGCAAGAUAAAAUUAAAAAACCCGACAUGCACUCUGUCAAGCUGCGUAAAGAGAAACAUGAAGUGCACAUGGAUCACAGGCCUGAGUCUGUUGUACUGGUGAAGGGAACCAACACCUUUACAUUGCUCAAUUUUUUGAUCAGCUGUAAGAGUUUAGUGGCCACCUCGGGUCCACAGGCAGGACUUCCGCCAACCUUGUUAUCACCCGUAGCUUUCAGAGGUGCCACAAUGCAGAUGCUUAAGGCACGAAGUGUAAAUGUGAAGACGCAAGCUCUUUCUGGAUACAAAGAUCAGUUUAGUUUGGAGAUUACAGGUCCUGUCAUGCCUCAUUCUCUACAUUCAGUGACCAUGCUACUCAGAUCUUCACAGGGUGGGUCUUUUUCAGCAGGACUGUAUACACAUGAGCCAACUGCUGUAUUUAAUAUCUGCCCACCAGUGGAGAAAGCACUGGAUAAAGAGACUGUGCACAAGGAGCUUGCCAGCUGUGGGUUGCAUCCUAAGACUCUGGACCAACUUAGUCAAGUGCCGUUCCUGGGGAAGUCAUCGUUACAGCACAUGGAAAUGAGUGACUACGUGUGUAACUGGAGAUCCUCAACACUCAAGUAAGCCUGAAAGAGACUUGGAGGAAAAGCUUCUAGCAGGAGAUUCAAGACUCUUUAGAGUGGCUUUAAAGUUCAUUUUGGAAGCUAAAGGAAAGGAAUGUAGCUAAAAAUAUUCAAAUGUUUGUAAAUGUAAACUUUUUAUUACAUGCACUAAACAGGAUUUUUUUUUCCCCCUAAAUUAUUUGGUUGUCAUUGAGAAGGAUUAAGGUCUUAAAUCAACAUUUUCUACUGUACUAUUUUCAGAUUAUUCAAAUAUGAAGAUAACUCAAAAAACUUAAAAAAAAAAAAAA